AUGAAUCCAAAUUAUCAUCCUGCUCAAUCCUCUAGUUACGUAGGACUGCUUCACAGUCAAGAUGGUAGUGCUUUCAAUGAAAACUUUCCUUAUGAAAGUUUUCAUUCUAGUGUUAACUUUGGAGAUUCCGAACCUAUCCCGGCUUUCAGUUCUCAACAAACUCAAGACGCACCUCCAGAGACACCAGUGGCCCGUGCUGUGAGACGCAAAUGGAACCCAACAGAUGACGAGGUGCUGAUAAGUGGCUGGCUUAACACUUCUAAGGAUCCUAUAGUGUCAAAUGACCAGAAGGCGGGUACCUUCUGGAACCGAGUUGCUGCUUAUUAUGCAUCAAGUCCACACGGAAGAGAGGAUGGUGAGAGAGAGUGGGUUCAUUGCAAGAAGAGGUGGCACAGAAUCAAUGAUGAGAUAAACAAGUUCUGUGGCGCAUACGCGGCAGCAGAGAGACAACAGAGGAGUGGUGAGAGUGACACUGACGUUCUGAAGAAGGCGCAUGACAACAGAGGAGUGGUGAGAGUGACACUGACGUUCUGA